ACCCUCUACAGUGACCAGGCAGGGCUCUGCUCAGGGGUAGGUAAGGUACUGCCCUGGCUUGGCCAGGGUCCCUUGGUGGCCCCAGAAAGACAAGUGUGCAUCGCCCCGCCCCCACGCCUGCUGCCCAGGGGCUUGGCCACCAGUGAGUGCCCAGGACCCACGGGGUCCCCAGCUGCCCUUUGAUUCAGAUGCUGGAGGCCCCGCCCCUGCUGUGGGCGGCCGCCGCGCUGGGCCUGACUCUGCUGGGGCUGAUGCUGUUCCUGUGCCGCCGCCGGCACUGGGCUUUGCUGCGGAUCGGCUACAACGAGCUCCUCCUGCAGCCGCUCCGGAACCUGCUCAUGGGCGACAGCAAGGAGCAGCGCAUCCUGCGCCACGUGCGGCAGCACGCGCAGCGCGGGGACCCGCAGAGCGUGCUGGACGCCAUCGACACCUACUGCUCGCAGAAGGAGUGGGCCAUGAACGUGGGUGACAAGAAAGGAGAGAUCAUGGACUCCGUGAUCCGGGAGUACCGCCCCUCUCUGGUGCUGGAGCUGGGAGCCUACUGCGGCUACUCGGCGGUGCGCAUCGCCCGUCUGCUGCCCCCUGGCGGGCGGCUGCUCACCAUGGAGAUCAACCCCACCUAUGCGGCCAUCACCCAACAAAUGCUGGACAUUGCUGGCCUGCAGGACAAGGUCACUGUGCUGCUCGGGGCGUCCCAGGACCUCAUCCCCCAGCUGAAGCACAAGUAUGACGUGGACACACUGGACAUGGUCUUCCUGGACCACUGGAAGGAGCGCUACCUGCCGGACACAUUCCUGCUGGAGGAGUGUGGCCUUCUGCGGAAGGGGUCGGUGCUGCUGGCCGACAACGUCAUUGUCCCAGGGGCUCCUGACUUCCUGGCCCACGUGCGCGGGAGCAGCAGCUUCGAAUGCACGCACUACAGCUCUUUCCUGGAGUACAUGCCGGUGGUGGACGGGCUGGAGAAGGCCAUCUACCUGGGCCCAGGCCGCCCGAACUGACCUUGGCCGUGCCCCCUGCCCUAGUCUCUCCCCAAGCUGGUCCCUGCCAACCCCGCUUCAGCUGUUGGGGGUCCAACAGGCCUGGCCCUGGUCUUGGCUGGCCUCCCUGGACUGUGGCUUUGGGCUGAGCAAACUUGGCCCACUGCAAAGGGCUACUGGCUCACCACGCAAAACACCUGCCUGGACCCUGGGAAAGCCUAAUAAAGGCUGACUCGGAGCAGGCGGGGCCCUGGACAGCGCCCCCGCCUCAGCCAAUGAGACUCCAAUGGGGCCCUGUACUCUUGAGUGCAGGCACAGCCCGGAAGUGGAUGCACCUGCGCGCUGUGGGGGCCUUGCACUCAAGUUGUCCACCAGGCGGCAGCACUGCCCAGCUGCAGCACCAGCGGCCGACACUCAUGGGACAGCGGGCCCCCUGCGCCUUCACCUCCAUUUAAGAAUGCGUUCUCACCUCUUUACUAAGUCCAUCUUUAUGGGACAGGGAAGCCAAGUGCCAUGUUUGUUUGCUUUUAUAACAACAAAACAAUUAGUCCUGCAUUUUUUUUUUAUUGUGAUAAAAUACACAGAAUCUACUCUUUGCCAUUUUA